AUGUGGAAAUAUGGCUCAAACAAGGGUCCUGCUAUUAUUGCUGAUCAGGACUCUCCUGUGGACGAUGGCGAUGAGAACCCUGAGCGAGGGAACUGGACCAACAAGACAGAAUACUUCCUCUCGAUGAUUGGCUUUGCUGUUGGUCUAGGAAAUAUUUGGAGAUUUCCAUAUGUAGCCUUUAAAAAUGGAGGGGGUGCCUUCCUCAUUCCCUAUUUUGUGAUGUUGUUUUUGUGUGGAAUUCCUCUUUUCUUCCUGGAAAACGCCAUCGGUCAGUUCUGCAGCCAAGGUCCAGUCAACAUGUGGAGAGCAGUGCCAAUAAUGAAGGGUGUUGGCUUUGCCAUAGUUGGGGUGAACACACUGUUGUCAAUUUACUACAACGUCAUCAUCGCCUACAGCUUGUUCUACAUGUUUGCCUCCUUCCAGUCUCCUCUGCCAUGGUCCAAAUGCUACAGCUGGGCCGACAGUCACUGUAGUGAAAGACCUAAAGUGGCGAACUGGACUCAGGAAAACAGCACCUGUCCCUCAUCCAACAUGAUCACAGUACCAGUGCAGAGCCCCAGUGAGCAGUACUGGGAUCGUGUGGCUCUGCAGAGAUCUAGUGGUCUAGAAGAAACAGGACCAGUAGUUUGGCACUUGGCUCUCUGUCUGCUGCUGAGCUCCAUGAUUGUUGCUGCAGCGCUCAUCAGAGGUAUCAAGUCAUCUGGCAAAGUUGUGUAUUUCACAGCUACGUUCCCUUAUGUAGUGAUUCUGAUCUUGCUGAUCAGAGGUGUGACGCUGGAAGGAGCAAAAGAAGGGAUCGAGUUCUACAUUGGCUCCAAAUCCAACUUGGCCAAACUGACUGAAGGACAGGUUUGGAAGGACGCAGCAACUCAGACCUUUUUUUCCCUGUCCAUUGCGUGGGGUGGAGUUGUGACUCUUGCUUCUUAUAGCAACUUCCACAACAACAUGUUCCUGGAUUCAGUGGCUAUAACCCUCAUUAACCAUGGCACCAGUGUGUUUGCAGGCUUUGCCAUCUUUUCAAUUUUGGGUCACAUGGCUCACAUCUAUGGAAAGCCUGUUCAAGAAGUGGUGACAGAAGGUUUUGGCCUGGCAUUCAUUGCAUAUCCAGCCGCCCUUGCUAAGCUUCCCAUUUCCCCUCUGUGGUCUAUCCUGUUCUUCUUGAUGCUUUUCAUAGUUGGCCUGGACACUCAGUUUACAAUUUUAGAGGUGAUUGUCACCUGCAUGACUGAUGCGUACCCUGAAGUCCUCAAACCCAAACGUGCCUUUUUAACUAUUGCCUCAAGCGCAAUCAUCUUCCUCUUGGGCCUGCCAUGUGUCACAAGGGCAGGAAUAUAUUGGGUGACUCUAAUCGACCAGUUUACCACCAGCUGGAUGCUUCUAAUUCUGGCUCUAAUGGAGAUCAUUGGCUUCUGCUACAUAUAUGGAGGGAACUGUUUGAUUAAAGACAUUGAGAUGAUGAUUGGAAAAAAGACCUUCACUUUCUGGCUGUGGUGGAGAGUAUGUUGGUUCUUUAUCAGCCCCUGCAUCAUAGUGGCGAUCUUGCUCUGGUCUCUGUCGACAUUUGUGCCCCCCUCCUACGGAAUAGUCCAGUUCCCAGCCUGGGGUUUGGCUAUGGGCUGGUGCAUGGUUGCAUUUGUCCUCCUCUGGAUCCCUGUUGUCGCUGUAUAUAAGCUGAUGAAAGCAGAGGGAAACCCCUGGAAGCGUCUGAAGUCAUUGUGCUCUCCCUCUGAGAAAUGGCAUCCCUACCUGGACAUCCAUCGGGGAGAACGCUACUCAUAA